AUGUUCAAGGACGGCGACGCCGAGGCCGAGGCCGCCGCGCUCAAGGGCACAGUCGAGACGGCGCCGGCGGACGGCGGAGACGACGCUGUUGCGGACGCCACCAGCGCCGGCGCCGCGGAGAAGGCGAAGGAGGAGGAGAGGCAGCCCAAGACGUUCCCGCCGCCGAUACGGUCCAUCGGGCGCGGCGGCAAGCCGUACGUGUGCUUCCGGUCGUUACGGGAGGACGGCCGGUUCGUGCUGCGGGAGGUGGUGAUCCCCGGCAAGGAGCUCCUGCAGGCCACGCGCGAGGGCGGCCGGCUCAGGCUGCAGUUCGCGGUCGCCGCCUUCGCCGCAGCCGGUGUGAGCCUCGACGAGGCGGUGCACGGAGGUGACGACGACGACGACCACCGUGGCAAGAACUCAUGCAUUGAUGCAUAG